CGCUCAAUCAGGUCUGAGGCUGGCGCGGCUGCUCCUUCCGUGCGCUCGGUGCCUCGCUGACAGCCGGCGCUCGCGAGAAAAGGAGGGCGGGGGCGCUGCUCUCCCUAGCGCGCGCGCCUGGGAAAAUGUUGCGCAGGUUCUAAAAUGGAACGUUAGAGGCGGCGUGCCGGAGCGCGCGAGGGGUGUGCGUGCGUCUCUAUCUCUCUCCCUCCCCCCCCCGCCCCGCCGCGCGUGUGAGUGUGGAGUAAGUAAGCGCGAGAGCUGCAGCAACAGCAGCAAAAUCAGGAGCCCGCGCCACGCAGCGCUGAAUCCGCGAGCAGCCGCCUUCGCUUCCUCCUCCUCCUCCUCGCCGUCUUCUCCCUGUAUGGAGCUUUCCGCUAUCGGGGAGCAGGUGUUUGCGGUGGAAAGCAUCAGGAAGAAGCGCAUAAGGAAGGGUAAAGUGGAAUAUCUUGUGAAAUGGAAAGGAUGGCCCCCCAAAUACAGCACAUGGGAGCCAGAGGAUCACAUUCUUGACCCUCGCCUGGUGAUGGCUUAUGAAGAGAAGGAAGAGAAAGAUCGCGCCUCAGGUUACAGGAAGAGAGGCCCCAAACCAAAACGUCUCUUGCUGCAGAGGCUGUAUAGCAUGGACCUGCGAAGCGCACACAAAGGGAAAGAGAAACUCUGCUUUUCUCUGUCACGGCGGUUUGGGGGAGGAGGAAACAGCCUAGCCAAGGGAGGGCAGACCGAGCUGCCCGAGAAGAGUGGAGCGACUGUCUUGCCCUUCCCGCUUCGGAAGCAGAGCAAGAACCAGAAGUACCUGCGCCUUUCGAGGAAGAAGUUCACCCGCAUGGCGAGCCUGGAGAAUCGGAACCGUCGGCGGGAGUUCUUCCUGAAGGAGCCAGUGGCGUUGGAGGAGAGGCAGACCCCCAGCGACUGGGAUGAGGCCACGCAACCUGCCAGCAAAGAAGUGAGCUCGGAGGCAGCAGAAGGCAAUCUUUCCUGGAGCCCCGCCCUGCCGCCAAAUGAAGUGACAGUGACGGACAUCACAGCAAACUCCAUUACCGUGACUUUCAGAGAAGCACAAAUGGCAGAGGGCUUCUUCCGAGACAGGAGCAUCCCAUUCUGAAUCUGCAUUUUUCUAUUAUUAUUAUUUCAUCGUUUUUCUUUUCUUCAUGCUUGGAAGAUUUCUGUUUCCUUUUUGUUUUGUUUUUCAUUUGUGUGUGUGUGUGUGUUUUCCCGCCCCCCGCCGUCCUCCCAAUCAGAUUUUUCUAGGGGUGGGUGGAUUUAAUUAUAUUAUUUAACAAGCAAAAUCCGGAAAAUUUUCCUUCACAACUGUUUACAGAGGAUUUUGGUUUUAUUUUGACUGUUGAUCUCAAUGGCUCUCUCUUUCCCUUGCUCCCCUUUCAAAUAAGCAAAAAAAGAAAAAAAGAAAAAAAAGAAGGCAACGUGGGGGUGCCUGUACAAUUUUUUCUCUCCUCAUUUGUUAUAAAGACACAGAGAGAGUAUAUAGAUAUUAUGUGUUGUUGCUUUGUCCAUUUGGGAAGUGGAAGCUCUUUUCACUGGCAAAGACAUUUAUUCACAGUGCAUUCUGGAAAAAUGUCCGUUCCCUAUAUCAAUUAUAGCAUAUCUGCAAUCGAAGGAAGGACCCGGGGAAUGUUCAGAAAAGAGGAAGAUGCUAAAUACAAAUUUCCCUGUAUUCUUCCAUGUUUCAGAGUUGAUCUUACUUCAUCACUUCCCAGUGGUGUCUGUGAAAAGCAGUGGUCCCCCUCCUUUGGGUGGCUGAGUUCCCAUGUUUGAUGCUUCCUCCCUUUUCUGUACUGUACAAGAUGCGGCCUCCACAGUGCUUCCACACAUGCUAUACAUUUGGGAGACUUCCUGUACUCCGGCUUGCUUUGUUGUGUCACUCCAGGGAACGUCUUCAUUGACUUCUCUCUGUGCACAGCCAAAUUACAUUUGGUUUAAGUGAAUCCUACCAGGUCUGACUAUCACUGCACACCCACUGAGAGCAUGCUCUUGAACAGCCUCCCCCAACAUGGUGCCCUCCAAAUGUUUUCAGCUGCAACUGUUGUUUGCCUCACGCAGCUUGACCAGUGGUCAGCUAUCAUGGGAGUCAUUGUCUGAAACAUCUGGAGAGGACAAGGUAUGGGGAGGCUGCUCUACAAUGUGCAUCACCCAAUGGUUCUCUGGCAGAUGUGCAGGGAUUCUUAGCAAACAGUUGGACCUAGGAAGCUUGAAUCCUCCCAGAGCGGAGUAUGAUUGUGUCCUGUGUGGAGGAUCCACAGGACUGAUGAUAUGGGUCAUGGCGAGGAGGGAUUGGAUGUGCAUCAGCACGCAUGCAGUGUCAGUGAAACCUCUGAACCCCUGUUGGAACAAACAUAACCACAUGAGAACCAGAUAUUUGUUCCUCUGGCAGGCUGAUGGAAUAUUGUGAUGUGUAAGAACUAAGCCACUACGGCUAUCCGGUAAUGAACUGUAGCUUUACAUGCCCGUCUUUUGCCGUUCUUGGAUGCAUACAGAUGCAGAAUUGCCCGGUGAUUGCAAUUCUGCUUAUAUAAAUAGCUGGAAGACUUUUUGUUAAUUUUAAACAACUGCUUCAGCCUGCCCCACUUGGACAUUUCUUCUCGUUAUCAGUUGUGGUGGUGAAGGCAUUCCCAACUUCCAGGAGGUAGUUGGGAAUCUCUCUGGUUUUGUGUUUAAAUAUUUGCCAGGCUCAGGAUACUAGAGAAACGCUGCAUAAAAUUCUAUCCAUGUUCAAGCUUUGCUGUGGACUUCCAUUAUCUGCCCAUUGUCAUGAAACUGGCUUCAUAUAUCUCUUGAGGCAUGGGGCUUUGGGUGGGUAAAAGUGGAGGUGAUGAUAGAGUGAGAACUUCCUUGUGGAGUCAGAAGAACUGUAGCUGUUGCCUUGUUGAAUUGGUAGUGUAGCAGAUAUGGACACUGGCCAAUAUUGUCCUGUCUAAUCAAAGUAAGGGGUCAGAAAUAUUGGCGCAAAAGGGAAUGGGGUUGAGAUAUGUUUAUGAGACUUAUAAAAUUCUUCCACUUCAGUUUUGCCCUUGAUGUUAUCUCUCUUGUUCAACACUGGAGCCUCUGAUGCUUGUGUGUGGUUUUCUUGACAAAUAAGUGUGUGUGUGUGAACAUCUUAGCCUUUGCCAGGGAGAAGCUGCUUGCACUUCUAUAGAGCCUUGUCUUGCACUUCAAUGCCUUGAAAUUUGUGCUGGACUUCUUUGUGACUUUUUUUUUAAUAUAAGGAACGGUGGUAUCUAUGAACUGUAUAGCUUUAGAAUAUUUUCUUGUGCUUGUGUGAUCCUUUAAGUUUACUUAAGCAAAAGGGAAAGUUCCACAAAAUUUAUCUUCCUUUAGAGAGUGAGGAUGGCAAGCUAGAAGGCAAGGCUGCAAUCCUAGCCACAGGUACUUCAGUUUAUAUCCCACUGAAAUGAAUGGGACUGACAUCUGCAUAUACGACUUGUUUAGGAAUUAGGGGGUGAAAGAGAAACUGAUGGAGCAAUAGAAUGAUGCUGUGCACCUUCCGAUGAUCUUAUUUACUGACCUCAUCGUCUAGCUUACAAAGAACAUUUCUUCCCCUAGGUGUGUGAAAUUACAUUAGUCUCUAGAGAUUGUGAAAGCUGAAUUUAACACCCUGUGGAGUUUCUAGUCCCAGAUACCUGCAAUAAAUCUUUCACUACAGACCCGAAACCAGUUUUUGGAGGAACACUUCAGUACUGUGCAAGAGCGUCACCUCCCAUCCUCAAUAAUAGUGUCUGUUUUUAAAAGUAGUGCAAGUGCUAUGGAUUUUCUCCUGUCCCAGAGCUGUUAAAAGGAGAAAGGUCAUUGUUGGGUCUGAAGGUAUAAAUCAUGCUAUCUUAAACUAUUCAUGCUAACAAAGAAGGGGGAUGGCUUCUUGGACAUGGUCCCUCAGUUUAUUCUGGCCUCGUCUUUGUCUUUCCAUCAGGCUGCAGAAUACCAGGACAUCUGGGUUAUCUGGAUGCCUGGCUAUAAAUAUUCCACUUUCCAGACAAUGUUAGUGAUGCAAGAGCUUGACUCGGUGCUGAUUUCUUUUUAAUGUAAGGCCUGGACAGAAUGUGAGAGCUGGACAGGCUCUUCCCAGAAACUAGAAGCAGAUAAAAAUGGCAUUAUUAUUUUUUUACUAUUGUGUAUGCAUAGGUUGGGAUAACUUCCCCCAAAUUUGAUUUCUUUAGUUAGGUUCUAGUCUAAUCCACCAAAAGGCUAGAGCUAUAGAUCUCCUUGUGUUUCAUGGGAGCUUUGGCUACUUCAGGUGUUUUGAGGAUAACAUUGUUAUUUCCACUGCUGAAAUUUAAGUUUUUGCGCCCAUUGCUGUCUCUUGUGGGGGCCUGGUGGGUCUAUAUUACCGUACAUUAAUGGACCAUUUUGCAGAAAUGAAAAAAUGGCCUCAUUUUUUAAAAAAAACAUCAGGUACUUAUUGCACUGAGACAUAUCAGCAGAUCAUAUUGCAGGAUGCAAAUGCAUGGGUUCGGUUGGCAACCAGUACCAACUUCUUCACCGUCCUCUGAAGCUGUGCCUCUUAACAGUGGCUUGAUCUGCAGAAAUUAGCAGGCAAUAAUGCCCUGAAAGGCUUCUCUGUGCCAUAAAAUCCUUCCCAUUUAAAUUCCUGCAGAUCAAACAGCAGAGCUUCAGGGGUCAGUUGAAAAGUUAGCAACUCAAGAUCAACUCCAUGUAUAGUUUCUGAUCCAUAAAGGGCUGGGCUACAAUACUUGCAUAACAAAAUUGGGUCUCUCUCUCAUUCCCCCCCCCCCAUUUUUCAUAACAUCCAGUUUUCACAUCAUGUUUACUGCUUCAAUUUGACUCUCUGACUUCCUUCCGCCCCUCCAUGGGUUUCUGCUGUGAUACAAAUUGACUGCACAUUGUACUUAUAAACCAAUACUUAAUUAAAUCUAAAUCUAAAACAAUUAAAUCUAAAUCUAAAACAAUUAAAUCUAAAUCUAAAACAAUAUUGGGUUUCUAAGCACUAUGAAGUCUUGGCCCCAUUUUUUCCACAGAGUUUAGGAAGCUCGCUGCAGCUGUGACUUGCUCUGCUUUAACCUGCUGUGCAAAAGGAAAGCCAUGUCUUCCUAGGUGUUUCCCCAUCUCGCUAAAUUUAAACAGCAGAAAGCAAGCAUUGUUAUGUGACUUCCAUUUCUGUUGGCGCUUUUGUUUCUUCCUUUAAGGCCAUGCGGACACUCCAAAUAUAUGUUGGCUUACUUCCCUCAGAGAAUCCUGGGAAUUAAUAAGGGUACUGAAAAUUCUUUAGCCAUUGUCAGGGUUUUCUGUGGAAGGGAUAGAGAAUGGCUGACAAAAUGGUGCAUGUCUGCACAGCAAUGCAGGUGUGCCCUCAAUCUCUUCCCAGGCCUGUAUCCAAAACGUUAUUUCCUUCCCUGCCACCACUUUAAUAAUAAGAAAAAGGUUUCUAUAGGGGUUUGUAUAGGAGUCAGCCCUAGCAGUCAGUGAAAAAGAAACUGCUUCUGUUUCAAGUGUGUGUGUUUUGUAACUUUGAAAAAAUUUGGUCACUGACAUCUGUCCUUGCAUGAAACCAUUUCUAGCCAUGUUGGGUGCACCAGAAGAGAGUGAUCAUCUUUGCUGUUGAUUUGGAACUUUUACAGCUGUUAGAGGCUGAGUUUAAGAGGAUCAAACUCAGUUGGGAAAAGGCACUUCACCUCUCAAUAUCAGUGGCAUGAUUUGCCUUUCUCAAAGCUCAUGCUGUGGUCCAAUGCCACAUGUGAAAAUAAGGCUUAUCAAAAUGUAUGUGUAACAUCCCUCCCAGUAAAUGUGAAGGGCUGGGCUGUCGGCCUCAGAAAGGAUGCUUGCCUCCCCUCCCUCUUUGAUCGUUUGAACUGUGUUGUCUUGUGGCUGGCUCUGUGAUACAAGUCUGUGUCCUCUCAAACAGUGUUGCUUUUGCUAGUGAAAAGAUGUUUUGUGCAGGGUUUUCCCCCUCUCCCUUUACAAACCUGGUCAGGGAGACACUGAAAUUGGAGUCUCUUUCUAAUUACCAGGAGCAAAAAGUCUUGAUUCUGGUGUGAUAACACAAUUCCAAAGCAGCUUGUUCCUUGAGUUCUUAUCUGGCAAUUGUGUGCGAAUGCUGAAGAAGCGGAGAAUGCAGCAUUGUCCCCCUGACCCACCUUAGUGGCUUGUAAACCUUAGGGAAUAGAAAUGAACAAAACCUGUUCCUUAGCCAAACAAAUUGAAUAUCACGACAAGGGGAAAUGGCCCCAUCCACUACAAUCCUGUACAUGUGAGCAUGUGCAUCUUAAAUUGAACAUUUGCAUGACUCCAGUAGGUGGUUAUAAUAUUCAGUUGAAAUUGGAUGGUCCCAAUAGUUAUAAUCCACUGGUUAUAAGAUUGGCUUAAGUUAUAUGUGACUGUUCUGAGUUGCCCCUGAGGAUAUGCCAUGUGUAAAAAGAAAUGUGCUCUUUAAAGCAAUAUUUUCUAUGUGGGUUGCACUUUAUGUAACCUUAUUGCCCCAUUAGACUUUUUCCCAUGUGCCCAGUGACUUGCCAUUAGGCUUUGUGCCUUCUCUUCUCUUCCCUCCCCCUUCCAGACAGGGUUCCUGUGCCUUUUUGUAUAACAGCUGUGUGACAGGCAGAAAUUCAGCAGCUGCAGAGUUCUGCAUUUCAUGCUGGGGAAAGUUGUGUCUGUUGCAUCUCUGUGUGCCACACAGCGGUUACACAAAGGGGGCUUGCCAGGGUGGUGGCAGCUGGCAACCCUUGGUAUCGCCAGCCCUAGAUGUGUUACCUUGCAGGAGGUUUUGAUGGGUGUUGCUGUAAUUAUCUUUCAUUCCUUGCAAAAAUGCCUUACUGUGUGCAGUGGGGUUCAUGGUUGCCAUGGCUCUGCAGUCUCUCUCUCCCCCCUUUUUUUCCUCUCUGUUAAAACUGUGGCAGGGUAUUAGUUGUUAAAACAAACCAUACGCUGUACACCUUGCCAAAAUACGCCGCAGUAAUUUGUACAUCGUUUCAGUUCAAAGAUCUAGACGAGGAAAUAGACGUUUGACUUAAUGGGUGGAAGAGUUUGCUAGUCACCUUCAGUUUAUUUUUAAAGAAGCUUCGCAGCAGCAUCUGGUGACUUCUGAAAGAAGUAAGACUGUUCAUCCAUAGCAGGAAUGGGGCACCUGUGGCCAUCCAGAUGUUAGACUCCAGUUCCCAUCAGCUCCAGCUAGCAUGGCCAGUAGUCAGGAAAGAUGGGGACUGUAGCCCAACAUCUGGAGGGUCAGCAUCCCUGGUCUGCAGCAACUAACUUUUAUGGCACUUUAGAGAAUUAACAUACAUGGCGGAAGCAAGUUCCAAGCUUUGUAUCAGGUUUGUACAUAGGUACGUGAGCUGAGUUUCCAGGGUGCUGACCUUGGUACCAAUAAUAUUAGUACUAUUGUCUCCCUUUUAAACUACAGACAAGUUAAAUCUGUAGUGUUCUUGAUUUAGCUGGCAAUAGAAUGAUAGAUAGGGAUGUGGUGAUGUUACAAACAAUUACUGUUACUGUAUGCGUGUUUAUGAUUGGCAAGUAUGCAUGGCAUAAAAAUCGACCAAUUGAGAAAUUCUGAUCACAUGAAGAGUGCCCUUGGGUCAUUCCAAGGAACUGUCCAUUGGCAGUAUUUAUUCUUAAAUCUCCGAAACAGUUGUACAGUUGUUUUCUUUUCCAUUUCUAGUAACGUCCUUGCUGCACUGUUGCGGUUGGACUGCAUCACUUCAGUAACGUGGAGCAUUUGUAACGUUGCAAAUAGGAACCCCCUUCCUGGCAAAAACAACCCAUUUUAUAUAAAGUGAUGCCAAAGCGAUGAGUCUAAACCAAACUUCCUUUAAAUAAAAUCAUCGUAUUUUAUGCAGCUUCCCCCAACCUGGGUGUCCUCCAGAAGUUCUAGCAUACAACUCUCUCCAUACCUGGCCACUGACCAAGUGGGGUAGAUGACAGUUGCAGCCCCAAACAUCUGGAGGUCAUCAGGUUGGGGAAGGCUAGUUAUUAUGAAUGGGUGAUGCCCUACUAAGUCACACCCAGAAUAGACCUGCUGAAGUCAGUGGACUUAAGGGGCUCAAGUCAACUAAUAUAAUGGGUCUUCACACAGUAUGAUGAAUGCUAUCAGCCGGUGUUUACAUAACUCUCCUUAUGCCCCUUGCAUUGCCAUGAACUUGUUACCCUUUUUUUUGGUGUGUGGACAAUGGUUCCUGUGAGAAGAGAGGUGUAGAAAGGGGGCCAUAUUUUCAAUUAAUGUAACUACUGUGUAUAAAUGCUAUAUGUGCAUAGUAUGCUCUGAUGCCCUACAUUAGAGAGAGCUUGGGAUCUUGUAAUGUUCCAUGUUGGUGUGUGAGUAUUAAUCCAGAAAAGCAUUUGGCUUGAAGCUAUACUAGGGAACAGGUAAUGGCAGAUGUGGGUGGAUGUAGAGAAAAGAUGAAACACAGUAGACAGAGGAAUGUGUUUCUUAUCUAAAAAUGAAAUGCAUCGUAAGUUGGAGAACUAUGUGCACUGUCGUUUGAUGUUCUCCAGUGGCAUGUUUUCUUGAUGGUACUUCACUUGUACAAAAUAUAAUCUCCUCCCCCCCCAACCAUAUUAUAUAGGUUAUAAAGAGUUGAUUUCGUAAGCAGUUAUAUAGUGAAGUUUAUGCGCCUUCAGGUAUUGGUGCAUCUUCAGCCAAAAUUGAUGAUAGAGCAAAGAAGUAAGGAAACUAUGCAGUUUCAUAAGACAGUUUAUGCUGCUAGUUUCAUAAGACUGUAUAAAGUAGGAAUGGUGAACCUGCUAUAGCCAUUCCUGCAGUGUAGCAAUCCAUUAAGAAGUGGAAGGAGAUGUGAGCAUGUGAAGAAAUGGUGAGAUGUGGAUCAGGUUUUCCUUUCUAACGAUAAGAGACUUUCUUGGAAGAGGCAGCCGUUGUCUCUUCCUCUUGAUAUUGAACACUGUAAAUUUUGCACAUAUAGAAGAGCAUAGUAAACAUGUUCUGAACAAAAAAUUUACCACAAAGAAAGCAAAGCCCAGAAGUGAAAGCUGGGUUUUGAUGAGUCCUAAGAAGUGGGGAAAGGUGUGUUUUCAAAUCCAUGUUGGGUGUUAGCUUGCCUUUCUUGGUGAGAAUGGAAUACUGUCCUCUUCUGAAGCUUAUAAACCAACAGAAUUGAUGGGAGAAAAGGAGGUGAAACAAGAUCUUUGAGGAAGAGGUGAAUGUUGUGCUGGUACCGAAGUUCGUAAGAUGAAUCAAAAAUAUUGAUCUAUCCCUUUUAUGGGGGAAAAUACAGAUCCUACUGCUGCCAAAACACCCCUCAACACUUAUCUCAACACUGUCACAGUAUGAAUAGUCCUGUGACAAAGUGUACCAGGAAUUAAGGUAGAGGGGGAAACCAAUAACAGUUGGGUUCCAGACCAACCCCACAGUCAGACAGGUUGCACUUGCCUGUAAUGCAGAUUGUUUAGGCUUCCUAUGUAUCUUGACUGGCAACCAGCUUGCAGAUUGCCUGAAGCGCACAGGAAAGGGCACCCGAGUUGAGGUCCCUAUGCACUUAACUGGGAGUGAACCCUAUUGAAUAGAGCGUGACUUCCUUCUGGAGAAACAUGCAUAGGAUUCCACUGUAAAAGCUUAUUUCUCUGGUGCUUUCUAAUGGCAUCUGGCAAGAUAACAGGUGCAGUCACGUUAGGCCACAAAGCUGCUCUUAAACUUCCUCUACACGACUUGCAGUUAGCCUUUCAUGCUUUGGCUUACUCUUACCGUAGGCUCCUCAUUCCAGGCAAGGAGAGCAUAAUACUUCCCACUCUAGGAUUCCAUACAGCUCUUUGAAAAACUUUCCAGGCAUCAGCAAUAAAAUUGCCUCCAGUAUCAAUCCCUCUGACCUAGGGCAAGUCAGUCAAAUGCAGCGUUGUGGAUCUCUUCCAUUUAUAAGUAUGUGUAUAUAAUGUAUUUUUAAUGCAUCUCUUCGGACUCCCGUCCCCUUGAUAAAUUGCACUUUAACAGCUUAUUAGGGUUCUGGGGCUAGGUCAGGCUCUAGGGUGGGAUGUAAGCAAUGCAGCAGCUUUUUCUUCCUGACUGUUGUAUUAAAUGGUGACCCAUUUUGUAAAGGGGGGGUUAAGGAAAUACCAUGAAGUAGAAAGCUUACAGGAAAUCAAAAGGGGGCAUUAUAAUUGGCUAAUGAGGUUAGGAGGCUUGUUUCAGUGCCAAGUACCUAUCUCUGAAGGAGUCCAUAUAUCAGCCUUUGCCAACCCGGUGCCCUCCUGAUGUUUAGGACUACAACCUCUAGACUAGUUUCUGUUAUCUUUUGGUAGCCUUGGGUUAGACUACUGCAAUGUGUUAUAUUUGGGGCUGCCUUUGAAGAGUUUGGAAACUGUAGCUGGCUGAUCAGGGCAAGAGGGCCUGAGUGCAUAACACCAAUCCUGGCAUAACUGCACUGGCUACCAGUUAAAUUCUGGGCUCAGUUCAAAGUGAUGGCUUGAAUCUACAAAGCCUUAUGUGGCUCAGGACCCCAAUACCUCAAGGAACGCCUCUCCCUAUGUCAACCCUCUGUGCAAUGCACACCUGACGCCAUUAUCUGUUUUUAGGUGCCAGGCGAAAAAUCUUAUUUACCUAGGUUUUUGGUUCAUAAUUGGGAGUGUAACUAACUAUUGGUGCUCAUCCAUUUAAGUGAGGUGAGUAGGAUUUGUUCCUUUUAUCAAUAUCUUCUUGGAUGAGCACUUUAGGCCUUCUUGCUGCUUUUAUUUUUUGGUUUUAAUAUUUAUAACGCAAGUCGCUUUGAGGCACAAAAAGUAUGCUUUGAGGUAAAAAGUGGUAAACAUAUUGUCCAUAACAACUGUCCUCAGCCCUGGCUGCUAUAACUGUGCUGGCUGGGGCUGAUGGGAGUUGUAGUCCAAAACAUCUGGAGGACACCAGGUUACUGAAGGCUGCCAUAUCCUGUCGAGGGGGGUGGGGUGUCUGAGCUAUGUUCUUCCUCGUUUGCACUGUUUGGUCUCUCGGUCUGAGUUAGUUGCUUGAUUCUAUAUUGUUUUCUUUGGAGCUAGAAAGGGGCAAAGUAGUUAUGAACGGGUGGGAAAAGAGAAACCGACCUGAGGUGUUGCUUUUUAAAAAAAAGUUUGAAUUUCCGUGUGUGUAUUUGCGUGUGCGCUCAGUGGUUUUCUUUCCCUUCUCCUUUUUGGCCUGAAAUCCAAUUUGGUGUUUUCUUGACGUGACGCCCAAGUUAAAACCUUUGCACACGAAAGCUUCCUUUGCACAGAAUGAGCUUCUCAGUUCUUUGUUUUUGUUAUGUUUUUGUACAGACUAACUGAAUGUAUUGGGGGAGGGAGGGGCUGAGGGAACAAAAUUCCAAACGAAAUUUAAGAGAUACAGACAUAUAUCAAAGUUUUAAUGCCUUUUUGUGCGUGAGUGAGUGUUUGAUGCAAACAGAGAUUGUAAUACAAAUGAGAGGGCCAGAGCGAGUUUUAAUUGACUCAACGUGCAGCUUUAUUUUUGUACUGACGAUGGUUAAGAGACUGUACAGCAUCUAUUUAUUUAGAUGAUUUAUGUGGUAAAUGUUGCAAACAAGAUUAUUAAAAUAAAAUAAAAUAAAUGAGAACUGACAUUUAACUAA